GCAAAUACCUUAGUUAUGUUCCCUGUUAUAUUACUGUAAUAAUAAAUAAACUGUUCAGUGUUACAUUUAGUUUGUGUUUACAUUAACUUAUUAGUACUAGCUCAAAAUAUAUGGAAACAACAAAUAAGUAAAAUAUAUAUAAUAAAAGUUACUCGUGAAUGAUUAAUUAUUGAAGUAAACGUAGACAAACGCAUAUAGUAUUUACGGAAACAUCUCUUUACAUAAAGAUAUGAAAGUUAAUAACAUUAUAUGUUUAUAAUACUGCCUCAAUCUAACCUUAAUGGAUCUCCAGACAUUUUUAGAAGAGAAAUUCAAAUGUUGGCAGCCAAGCGCUCCAUCCGUAGUGGACAGAACGAAAUGUACAAUCACCUUGUCCUGGCAGCAAGAUGAGUUUGGUUUUAUUACUGAUCAGAUGUUAUAUAAAAUUGAAAUGAAAAGCAAGCUCCCGCCUUGGAUCACUGUUUACAGCGGCGGUAAAACGAGCAGUACAAUCGACAAUUUACCACCCAGAUAUCCACACAGAUUUCGUCUUAAAGUGAUAUUAAAAGCAACAGGUGUAUCACUUCUAUCAGAACGGGCUAUACAAUUUUACGGCAAUGAAGAAUCGGUUUAUAAUAAAGUGAAUGACAUCGUACAUAAUAUAAAAAAAAUAGAUGAAAAAAGCUUUUCAACUAGUAAUCCUGAUAUGAAAAAAGAAGAUCAUUUAAUGAAAAUUACUGUUAAUACUCCUAAUGAUAACAACAUUAAAAAUAAAAGACAAGCUGUAAUAAUGAAACGUUGCUGGAUCGAGACGUCCUGGUCUCCAGAGACUUGGACUAGUACCGACACUGAUGGCACCUCAGCAAUUUGCUUCUCAAUGGCUGUGAGAUGUGGAUACAUCAAACAGGUUCAAGUAAUGCUCGAUGAGAGGCCCGAAUUGAUUGGGAUUGUCAACGCUACUAAUGGUCUAACUCCCCUUGCUACUGCUGUUAGAAAAGGUGACAUCAACACUGUCCGGUUUCUUAUAUCCGUCGGUGCGGAGUUGGAUCAACGAAUAGGUGCAGGCCAAACUCCACUUCACAUCGCCGUUCUCUCCUCACACAUACCAAUGGUAGAGUUGCUGCUUGAGAAAGGUGCAGACACGCAGGCUCGAGACAACAAUGGAAUGCUUAUAGAACAUUAUGCUGUAGACUCAGGCAGCUUGGAUAUGCUAAAGUUUGUACUCGAUAGAGGCGGGGAUGUGAAUGCUAGAGACAACAACGGUUGGACACCUCUGUUCAGAGCUCUAUGUCAAGACGCGAGUACACAGAUGGUACAAGAGUUGGUGUCACGCUCCAGUAAGCUAGAUGUUUGCGAUAACGCUGGUCUCCCGAUGACUUCCGUCGCCAAACUAUUGAAGAAUCGACAUGAUCGGAGCCGAGACUCAAUUCUUCGUCUGGUUGACUCGCAAUACCCUCACGAGAAGGCUCUAGCUAAUUUUACGCGUCUUACCAAAAAAAUAAAUCAUGUGCACACGCUCUUUAAAUGAAAUUGUCAUUA